AUGGGCACAGAUGCAACAGAACGCAUAAACGAAACAGCUCCCGAGGUAGAUGAGCAUGAAAAUGCUGAAUCUAUGAAAGAAAAUCUAGAGCUUUCUGCGCGAAAUAUGAGUGCCACGAAUGCUGCUGGCGGCACCUUUGGCUUAGGUCUGGAUCAAUUUGAACUCCCCAAAGCAUCUAUCGCUAAAAUUGCGCGAACUGAUAUCCCCGAGUUCAUGCAAUUGCGUAAAGACACUAUGACAGCACUUGUGAAGUCAGCCUCCGUAUUUGUGAGCUAUUUGACCGCCGCUUCGCAUGACGUCGCCAUUGCUCGCGGAAGCAAAACCAUCUCUGCCAAUAAUGUUAUGGAUGCCAUGCGCGAGCUUGAUUUCCCCGCUCCUAUGCGUAAGGAGCUUCGCAUACAACUCGAAGCGUAUCGUGACCUGCAACAAAAGCAUGCGGCAGCAAAGGCUGAAGCGGCAGCACAGAGUCGAGAACGCGCUAAAGCCGCCCGUGCUGCCGCAUCCGCAGCUUCUGAUGCUCCACCAACAGAGAUGACAGCCACAGGAGCCGCAACGGAUACAAUGGAUGUUGACCAGGGCAAUAUGCCCGAUGCAAGUCAUAUCGAUGAAACAUCUUCCGCACCUAUACCUGUUCAACCGAACUCAAUGGAAACAUAG